GCCGCCGGCCACAGAGAGAAACGUUGGGACUUGGGAGUGGAGGGCAGCCACAGGGAGGGAGAGAAAAAGAAGAGAAAGGAGGGGGAGAGAAAGCGAGCCUGCUGCCCUGCCUGCCAUCUCGAAACAGCACGGCAGCUGCGGGCUGCGGCAGCUUGACAGCUGCCUGCCUCUCCAACGGCUGGCUCGCGAGAAUCCAAGCCAUUUUCUGCACGCGCUCCCAGGUUCUAGCUCCGGCGCCAUCAGGGCAGGGGGGAGAGCGAUAGUUCUGUGCUACUGGAAGGGGAGGGGGAGGAGGAGGUUGCGAGAUGGGGUCCGGAUCUUUCCUCAAGGUGCUGGCCAAGAACUUCGACGUGCUCGCCGGGCCAAUAAUAUCACUUGCUUAUCCUCUGUAUGCUUCUGUUAGAGCAAUAGAGACGAAAAAUCCUGUAGAUGAUCAGCAAUGGCUCACUUACUGGGUGCUGUACUCGUUUAUCACUUUGUUUGAGCUAACUUUUGCUCCAAUUAUUGAGUGGCUUCCCUUUUGGUCAUAUGCAAAGCUGUUCUUCAACUGCUGGUUGGUCUUACCUUGGUUUAACGGUGCUGCUUAUGUUUACGACCAUUUUGUGCGGCCAAUUUUUGUGAACCGCCAAAUAGUAAACAUAUGGUAUGUCCCAAGAAAUGAGAAGUCAAGUAAACCUGAUGAUGUACUGUCAGCUGCAGAGAGAUAUAUUGAACAAAAUGGACCUGAAGCAUUUGAGAAGCUCAUCAGCAAGUCUACAAAGUCUUCAAAAUCAAGGACCACAAGGCGUUCGAUCUUGGAGGAGGCUGAGGCUGAAAGAGAAUCCUGGGGUGAAAAUCCUUUCUACGACAAAAAUUUCCGACACUGAACUACUUCAAGUCCACUCAGCAGGUUGGUGCAAUCAGAAUCCUUGCUGCGCCACACAGCCUGGAGACGACCUUCAUGUAUUCCUGACUUGAGGACUGUACCUUGUUGCAUCCACUGCUAAACUACGAUCAGUUCUAGAGCAAUUGUGGACUACUGUAAAUGGAGGUAGAUGCUAGCGUUGCUCGUUUAUGUGAGCUGUUGGCCGGUGUAAUAUCAACAACAACGCCUGUGUUACUAAACCUUUAGGAGGAUACAAGCCUAGAUUUUCAGUUUCCAUUUCGUUCUGAGCAUAUAUAUAGUCGGCUUGUUGCAUUU